AAGCUGUCAUUUUUCUUCCGACAGCAAAUUGCCAUCAGUAGCGAGAUUGUGUCGUGUCAGCAAACCCGGAAUCCACCCAGCUAAGAGUAUCUGAGAACGAACCACCCUCAAAUGGCAUCAGCUGUAUCGAAAACCCCGAUGCUCCGUGCGGCUGCCGCUCGUGGUUUUGCCGCCCAUGCCCAGGCAGCAUGCAAAUCAGCUUCCGGUGACGCUCAAACUACGACUCUCCCCAACAAGCUGGUGGUUGCUUCCGCCGAACCGAAUGCAGCCGUCGCCCGGGUUUCGAUUGUUUUCCGCGCUGGAGCCCGUAACGAAAAAUCGGACAACAAGGGUGCAUCCCAUGUGCUGCGGGCCGCUGCCGGUUUGUCCACCAAGACGGCCAGCAACUUUGGCAUCACCCGUAACUUGCAACAGGUCGGUGCUUCGUUGACUGCUACUUCGGAUCGGGAAACCAUCACUUACACCGUGACCGUAACCAAAGACGAGUUGGAAACGGGACUGAAGUUCCUGGAAGGUGCUGCCACCGGACAGGUCUUUAAGCCAUGGGAGCUGGCCGAUUUGAAGAAAAUGAUCCAGCAGGACAUUGCUCGUGUUCCGAUUGAGGUGCAGGCCACCGAAGCUUUGCACAAGGCAGCCUUCCACAAGGGACUUGGCAACUCAAUCUUCUGUCCCAAGUACAACGCGGGCAAGCAUUCGUCUGAAACCAUGCAGCACUACUUCGCAACCCACUGCACUACCAACCGGGCUGCUGUAGCCGCUGUUGGUGUUGACCAUCAAAUUCUGGUGGGAUUCGCCCAGAGUCUGCACCUGGAAUCCGGAGCUGGACCGGAAGUCAAAGCGAAUAACUUCAACAGCAGUGAAAUCCGCCACGAACGCGGUGGAAACAAAGCCGUUGUUGCCAUUGCCACUCAUGGUUCCGGAUGGAACAACUUGAAGGAAUGCUUGGCUUUCCACGUGCUGCAGGGAGCUUGCGGCACUGGCCCGGUGACCAAGUACGGAGGCAAUAAUGGUCUCAUUACCAAGCAGCUGGGAGGCGUUUCUUCCAGCACAAUCUGCCCUAGCUAUUCGGACAACGGAUUGUUCGGAGUUGUCGUCGGAGGCGACGCCAGAGAAGUUGGCAAGUCGGUCGAAACCGCAGUCAAGGCAUUGAAGGGACUGAAUGUCAGCGAUGCUGAUGUUGCCCGCGGCAAGGCUGUUCUGCUCAGUUGGCUGAUCGACUACGUGGAAACUCACUCCACGUUGGCUUUCGAUUUGGGCGAGCAGGCCGCCGUUCUCGGACAGGUUUACAAGAAGGCCGACUUGAUUGAGGCUGUCAACGGCGUUUCCACCAGCGAUGUGCAAGCUGCCGCCAAGAAAGCUGCCUCCGGCAAGUUGGCCAUCGGAGCGGUCGGAAAUCUGAGCAAGGUGCCGUACCUGUGCAACUUGAACUAAAGCGCGUUACCAGUAGCACUUGAUGUAUGUUAAUUUUAUCAAUUGGAAGGUUAAUGAUGAUGGGGAAAAUUUCACUGCGAUUGAAGUCAACUUUCUAUUGUUUGAUAUGAACACCGCCAGAGGAAGCAAACGAUUCUUCUUAUAGUAAAUUGUUUGGACAAAUAUCAGCCGUGUAGAAGAAAAUGAUACUGUUCAAGAGAAUACAAUAAACUAUCAUAAUUCUUCGGACGAA